AUGGCGGAGCAAGCGAUCACACAAGGUGCUAUAGAAGCCAUCUUUUCCGAUCCUGAGCGCGCCCGUGCCCAGUAUCCCGUUCCGGUUCUGCAGUGCCUCCAGAUCAAGACCCUCGACUCAAAAGGCGGCGGUGCGCCAGAACGAUACCGCAUCGUCCUCAGUGAUGUCCGUAACUAUGUGCAGUGCAUGCUGGCCACCCAGGCCAACCAUGUCGUUCACGAGGGGAAGCUCAAGCGUGGAGGAAUCGUUCGCAUGAAGUCAUACCAAGCCCAGGCCCUCAAGGGCAAGAACGUUCUUAUAGUAUUAGAGCUCGAGGCCAUCGAGUCCCUUGGUGCGCCGGACAAGAUUGGAAACCCUGUUGGCUUGGAAGGAGGAGCGAAGCUUGAAGAAGCUCAACCUGCUGCUGCUGCUGCUGCGCCUGCCUUUUAUGGUGCCCCCAAGGGCGAGCCGACCCAAGAGUCCAAGUCCCAGGUCCAGAGACAACUGGCGUCACGCCCCAACAACAACAACCACAACAACAACACUCGCACCAGCGGAGGUGUCAGCAGUACCAUCUAUCCUAUCGAGGCACUAUCCCCCUAUGCUCACAAGUGGACGAUCAAGGCGAGACUCACCCACAAGUCGGACAUCAAGACAUGGCACAAAAACAACGGCGAAGGAAAGCUUUUUAGCGUCAACUUGUUGGACGAGAGCAGCGAGAUCAAGGCCACCAUGUUCAACGAUCAGGUCGACCAAUUCUACGAUGUUCUUCAGGAGGGCCAAGUGUACUAUAUCUCUGCACCCUGCAGAGUCCAGCUUGCGAAGAAGCAGUUCAGCAACCUUCCCAACGACUACGAGCUCACGUUUGAGCGGGAUACAGUUGUCGAGAAGGCUGAAGAUCAGAGCUCAGUACCACAGGUUCGGUUCAACUUCUGCAACAUCCAAGAGCUCCAAAGCGUUGAGAAGGACGCCACGGUUGAUGUUCUCGGUGUGCUCAAGACGGUGCAUGAGGUCUCAUCGAUCACAUCCAAGAGCACUCAGAAACCAUACGACAAGCGUGAGUUGGAGCUGGUGGACCAAACUGGCUACUCGGUGCGUGUUACCGUUUGGGGCAAGACAGCUACCGAGUUCCAGGGCAAGCCGGAGGAAGUCAUUGCGUUCAAGGGCACCCGUGUCAGUGACUUCAACGGCAGGAGUUUGUCUCUUUUGUCAUCUGGCACCAUGGCCAUUGACCCUGAUAUUCCAGAGGCCCAUGCUCUCAAGGGCUGGUAUGACUCUACCGGCAGGCACAGCGACUUCGCGACACAUAGUAACAUGUCGUCAGUCGGUGCUGCCUCGGGUCGCACCAACGAGAUCCUGAUGAUCCAGCAGGUGAAGGAGAAGGAUGUUGGCUUUGACAAGCCCGAAUACUUUUCCGUUCAGGCCACCAUUGUUCACGUCAAGCAGGACAACUUCUGCUACCCGGCGUGCCGCAGUGAGGGUUGCAACAAGAAGGUCACCGACAUGGGUGACGGCACCUGGCGCUGCGAGAAAUGCGAUGUUACGCACGACAGGCCGGAGUAUCGGUACAUCUUGAACUUCAACUGCAGCGACCACACUGGCCAGAUCUGGCUGAGCUGCUUCGAUGAGCAGGGCAGGAAGUUGCUGGGCGCGUCGGCAGAUGAGCUCAUGGAGUGGAAGCAGAUCAAGGAGUCAGGUGAUGCUUCAGAUGAGGCCAGGAAGGAGGCGGAGGUUCGAUUUACCACUGCGUUUGAUAGUGCAAACUGCAGGAAGAUGACGUUCCGGGCUCGGGCCAAGAUGGAUACGUAUGGUGAACAGCAACGGGUGCGCUAUCAGCUUAUGGAGGCGACGCCAUUGGAUUACAAGAUGGAAGGCAACCGGUUGGCAGAGAUGAUCAGGCAGCUGGGUGUGUAG